GGCAACAGAUAAGUAAAAAAGUCAGCAGGACAACACACAGCAAGUCAAAAAGAAACGUUGCUCCUGUUCUGCUGCGACUCUGGACAAAUUUUGAAGGAGGAUUUCCUCGACUUGCGCGCUUCAGAAAAAAGCUCAACUUUGUGUCUCUUUAUGCCGGUGAGUUGACGUCGUCUUGACAAGAAGCUGCUGUGAGGUUUGACUGAUGACGGCAGAGAUCCAGCAGCCCCAAGCGCAGACUCCUGCCCAGAGCAGCCCCAUGUCUGCUCCGGACAAGGCGCACGGACAGACGGCGGUGAUGGAAACCGCCUCCUCCAACACCAAAGCCAAAAAGACCAACGCGGGCAUCCGCCGACCGGAGAAGCCCCCGUACUCCUACAUCGCCCUCAUAGUCAUGGCCAUCCAGAGCUCUCCCACCAAGCGGCUCACCCUCAGCGAGAUCUACCAAUUCCUGCAGAGCCGCUUCCCCUUCUUCCGGGGGUCCUACCAGGGCUGGAAGAACUCGGUGCGCCACAACCUAUCCCUGAACGAGUGUUUCAUCAAGCUGCCCAAAGGUCUGGGUCGACCGGGGAAGGGCCACUACUGGACUAUCGACCCGGCGAGUGAGUUCAUGUUCGAGGAAGGCUCCUUCAGGAGGAGACCCAGAGGCUUCCGGCGCAAAUGCCAAGCGCUGAAGCCCAUGUACAGCAUGAUGAACGGCUUGGGCUUCAACCACAUCCCAGACUCCUAUAACUUCCAGGGCAGCGGAGCGGGGCUGUCCUGUCCGCCCAAUAGCUUGUCUCUGGAUAGCGGGAUCGGGAUGAUGAACGGACACCUGGCUGGGAACAUGGACGGCAUGGCGCUGUCCGGCCACUCCAUGACGCACGGCGGACACUCGUACAUGGGCAGCUGCGCCGCGUCCGCCGCUGCUGGAGAUUACGCGCACCACGACACCUCAGCCUCGCCUCUCCUCACCAGCGGCGGGGUGAUGGAGCCGCACCCGGUCUACUCGAGCCCGGCCUCGGCGUGGGCUCCGUCCCCGGCCUCGGCGUCCAUGAAUAACGGAGCCUCUUACAUCAAGCAGCAGCCUCUAUCUCCGUGCAACCCCGGAGCCAACCCGCUGCAGCCCAGCCUGCCCACGCACUCCCUGGAGCAGCCAUACCUGCACCAGAACGGCCACACGGCCACAGACUUACAAGGCAUCCCUCGGUACCACACCCAGUCCCCCAGUAUGUGUGACCGGAAGGAGUUCGUCUUCUCCUUCAACGCCAUGACGUCCUCGGCCAUGCACUCGCCGAGCAGCGGCUCCUACUACCAUCAUCACCAGCAGGUCUCCUACCAGGACAUCAAGCCGUGCGUCAUGUGAUGCUGCGUACAUGUAAUGAGAAGGAAGAGGAACCACUGUGGGACGUGAAGGCCUCACAAAAGAGCGCGGACUACUUUUUUUUUUUUUUUUUUUUACUCCCACUUCCACCCCUCUCUCACAAUCUCAUAUCGACAAGAGCAAUAGUGAUGAUGAUUUAAUAAUAAUAUAUAAUAAUACAAACUUUUGCCAGUCGUCACCAUGAGGCAGCGGGGUAAAAUAACGUUGCUUGUGUUUGGUACUAAUUUCCUGCAGCGCGGAUGAACACCACUCACUCCUUUUUUUGUAUUAUUAUUCUUCCAUCAUGUAAAAAAAAAUGCACAAGUCUAAUUUUCUGUUUUUACUUUUCUUCUGCAUAUCACACUCUUUUUGGACUCAGUGACAUGAACAAUCGUGGACAUUGCAUCUAAAUGUCCAUUAUACUGUAUAAAAUUGAUUAAGGCACUUUUUGAAUAGCCUACAAGCGCAACUUUCUAUUUAUUCUGAAGGCCUGCAUUUUGUUAUUAAUUCAGGCGAAUUGGCCAAGGAGGUGUUAUGCUUUAUUGGCAAUAUUUGUCAAAACGCCGAAUUGUUUUUAAAAUGAAAAUGGAGGAUAUAUUGUAAGCACCGUUUAUGUCGUAGACCAUUAAUGUCAGCACUGUAUAUUAUUCUAUAUUGUUGGAAACUUUAGCGAGGGUCAUCUUUAUUACAAUUUGUAAGAAAUAAAAAUGAAUCUGCA